AACCUGAACAAGCCAAUUUAUCGGAUGAUGAAGAAGGUUCUCAAUCAUUUGAUAAUGAAUCAACUUCAGAUGAUGAACCGUUCUUAAAUAACGAUGAGAUGUUUGCAAUCUUUAAAUAUCAAGAAAGGUUCAGACUUUCUGAUAUCACAAUCAACUCGUUGAUCGGCUUUUUUAGCCUUGUUUUAAAAGAUAUUGACUUGCAUCAGUUUAAAGAUUUUCCUCCAACUGCUUAUAAGGCCAAGAAGUUAUUAGAAAUUAAGAAACCAACAAAAACUUUUGCAACAUGUCCGCAUU